UCGCUGUUUUGGUUGUUCGUCGAUUUUACCAUAUUAUGAUUUUACCUAUGGAUUAACAGGUUUCAUGUGAAACUGCAAUGGUUUGCGAUAAAUGUCAAAAGAAGUUAGGGAAGGUAAUAACUCCAGAUCCUUGGAAGAGUGGAGCAAGAAAUACGACUGAAGGGGGUGGACGGUCGAUUGGCGAAAAUAAGGCGUUAACAUCUGGAAAAGCAAGGUAUAAACCAUACAAAGGUUCAGACCAAUUUGAGAAGUGCAGGAUUUGCAAGUCAAGAGUGCAUCAAGUUGGUUCUUACUACUGUCAAGGUUGCGCAUACAAGAAAGCCAUCUGCGCGAUGUGCGGCAAAAAGAUGAUGGAAACGAAAAACUACAAGCAGUCUUCUGUAUAGCAUCUCGUGAACGUGUGCACUUUACCUACAAUCACUCCAACUACAGUUUCCGGCUCCAGCUGUAGUCGUUCCAGCUCCCGAGUUAUCGGCAAAGGAAUAUCUCCAUUGCUGACAUUGUUUAUAUAAACUGGGACUGUAGUUUUGCUAUGAGGACCUUUAUGAGGAAUUUUCCUGGCGGAGAUUAUUCUGCUUUACGUUCAAUCAAUCACUCUCACUACAUACACGCAAUAUAUAUAUAUAUAAUACUUGAUAAUAUGACAAGUAAUACAUUUCCAUAAUAUACGAUUAUAUAUAUUUAAUAUAUAAUAUUUUCCGU